AUGAGUUUAUUUAAACCAACCUGUACUCAUGAGGAAAACAGGAGAAAAGUCAAAGGAAUUACCCACAAAAGUUCUUUAGCUGUACUUAAAUGUAAUAUAAUACAAAAGCUUGCAAAUAAUGUCAAGACAAUUGAGCAAAUAGCUUAUUCUUUAAUAAAAGACAAAAUAGACAAAAAGGGUAAAGCGAUACUUGCUACUGGUGGUAAAAAAAUAAAAAAAGGAGCCUAUCCUCAAAACCAGUAUAUACAAGUUUCCAUUUACGGAGGUCGGGGAUUUCUUAAGGUUUGCUUAAAUAUUGUAUCAAAUCCUAGUGAAACAAUUAAAAAUAAAAGGAGAAAAUAUGGAGAAAUUAAAUCACCAAAUUUCAAGGAAGGAUCUGUGAAAGCAUCAUUUAUUAUAGCACUGGUACCAGAUGCACCAGAGACAAACCAUAAUGUUAAAAUUCUGCUUAACAAACUCUGUUUGGAUAAAAUAAACUUUACUUAUGUGGCAGAUAUCAAACUCUGUCAAGUCAAGUAUGGUAUGUCUCCAAGUUCCAUGGCAACUAAUCCGUGUUAUAUUUGUACAUGUAACAAAACAGAGGUUUUUAAAAAUAAUUGCACUGAGCUACGAACACAUGGGUCAAUAAAAUUUAGCCGUAAAUUGUAUAAAUUGAGCGGAUCAAAGAAAAUUAGAGCAAAAGAAUGUUUUAACUGUAUUGAUGAAGUUCUUUUAAUUGGUGAUGAUAAUGAUCUAGUUGUUAAUCAUCUUUCUCCUCCAGAACUUCAUUUGAUGAAUGGGGCAACAAACCAUAUCUUUAAAACAAUAAACAAAUUAGCUGAUCUAGUACUAUUAAAAAAGAUCGAAAAUGACUUAAAUAUUUCUAAAUCAAUAAGAAAUGGGUCAUAUAAUGGUAAUAGUUGUCAAAAAAUAUUAAAAAAUUGGGUGAAUUACUAUAACUUGUUUCCAGUCCUAUUAAAACCAAUGGCUGAAGCGUUCAGGCUUCUGGAUAACCAUGUUCACUUAUGUUUUGGUGUAAAUUUAUAGCCAACAUUUGAAAAGGACAUCAGGUUAUUUAAGAAUCAUUAUUCAACCUUAGUGGAAGAUUAUGAAAUGACAGUUACUGUGAAGUUACAUAUCAUAUUUCAACAUGUAGGUCCUUUUUGUAAAGAUAAGGACAUUGAAUUGGGUUUCUUUAGUGAACAAGCAGGGGAAGGUCUUCACUACUCAUUUCUAAAGGAAGCAUGGGAACGUUUCAAAGUGUCUGAUAACCAUCAAAAGUAUGCAAAGUAUUUGAAAAAAGCAGUAGUUAGUUUCAAUGGAAAACAUUUAAAUAAUGUUUAAUAAAUAUUUUCUAAAAAUAAUAUUUUUUUUUCCCUUUUAAUUUUAAGAAGAAAAAAGUACCUUGCAUUGGCACC